ACACAUAACACAUUAAAUAUGUUCAUAACGAAGUAUUUCCGAUGUUUUUUUUUGUGAUCAUGGUGCUAAUUUGUUCCUGGAUGCAGUAGUUUCAUUAUUCCUGUCCGAAGUUGGCGGCUGUGUGCCUCUCUGACGUCACCGGGGGAUGUUUUUAUUGUUAGCGCAGGUGAAAAAAAUUUCAACAUUCACAAACCUAAGAGAUAACAAGUUUUGUUGUUUGCUUUUAAAAACAAAAGAGCAACAGCUUCUUUUCUCACUCGCUGUUUUCCUUUGGUGUUCAUAUGAAUGAGAAAUCCAGUGUGGAAGUAGUGGAGACAUGUGCAGCAAAUGCUGGACUCAAAGUCCCAGAAUGCAAUGCAGCUAUACGACGCAAAGGCUCGACUCGGCUAGCUAGUGAUCUAUGAGAUGGCAGUAUUAGCGUUAAAGUUAAAGCGUUGGAUCUGUUUGAGCAGAGUGUAGAGAUGAGGAGGUGAGAGAGCUGGAUAAAAGACUAAAGCGCCGCUGCGUCGGUCUGUCUGGGUAGAAAAGAAUUCGCUCUGACGACACUAUCAGCAGUACAGCGCGGUGGACACCAACCCGCUCUCCAUCUACAUCAUGCACCCCUUCUGGAACUCCAUGGUGAAGAUCUUGCCCACAUGGCUGGCCCCUAACCUCAUCACCUUCACUGGGUUCAUGUUCCUGGUGCUCAACUUUGCCAUCUUAUCCUUCUACGACUUUGACUUCUACGCAUCAGCGGAGGGUCAUGCACACGUGCCAAGUUGGGUUUGGAUAGCCGCAGGCCUCUUCAACUUUCUGGCAUACACACUAGACGGUGUCGAUGGGAAGCAGGCUCGCAGGACGAACUCCAGCACUCCUCUGGGCGAGCUGUUUGACCAUGGCCUGGACAGCUGGGCAUGUGUGUUCUUCGUGAGCUCCUUGUACUCUGUGUUCGGGCGUGGUGAGAGCGGAGUCAGCGUGCUCACACUCUAUGGCCUGCUCUGGGUCGUCCUCUUCUCUUUCAUCCUCUCACACUGGGAGAAAUACAACACCGGCGUGCUCUUCCUGCCCUGGGGCUACGACAUCAGCCAAGUGACAAUCUCUAUCGUGUACAUCAUCACAGCUGUGGUCGGAGUGGAGACGUGGUACAAGCCACUGAUGUGGAACAUUCUCUACAGAGACCUCUUCAUCGUCAUGAUCCUGGGUUGUUUGUUUGCUGUAACGUUACCAAUGAGCCUUUACAACGUCUUUAAGGCGUAUCGCAGUAACACACUGAAGCACAGCUCUGUGUACGAGGCCCUCCUGCCCUUCUUCUCGCCCAUGCUGCUCUUCAUCCUCGCCACGCUGUGGAUCAUCCUGUCUCCCACCAGCAUCCUAGAGCGGCAGCCCCGAAUCUUCUACCUGAUGGUGGGAACAGCCUUCGCCAACGUUACUUGUAAGCUGAUCGUGUGUCAGAUGAGUAACACACGCUGCCAGCCUCUGAGUUGGCUGUUGGUGCCGAUGGCGUUGGUGGUGUUCCUGGUGAUCUCUGGCGUGGUGCAGCAGGGUGAGACGGUACUGCUGUACGUGUGGACAGCUGUGGUCAUCCUCGCACACAUACACUACGGAGUGUCAGUGGUGAGACAGCUGAGCGGUCACUUUAAGAUCUAUGCGUUCUCGCUGAAGAAGCCCAGCUCGGACUGACAGGAGGAGGAGAAGAUCGGCCUGACGACGGCGGAGGUCUAAGCUGUCGCGGCGUCCUCCUCGACCCGCCGACGCUGAACCCAUCACCGCCGAGACACACCUCGAACCAGGAAACCAAAAGCUGCUGACUGAACACGCCUUCUCCCGCCCGGACACGCAGGACGUAGUGAUGUGGAAGACACGCCCCUUCCUCGUCCUCUGUGGAGCUGCGUGACGGGAUUGGCCGAGGCUGUUCGGCUUCUCCGGUGUCCGCUGAGCAGAUUCACUUGUUUCCUACGGAAAUGCACUUUCAGCCAAGAUACAGGAGCCUGGAAUGAUUAACACACAUCUACAUUCUUAAACCUAACCCUACACACGCACACGCACACACACACACCCACCCACACACACACAAACGCAUGCUCAUACACACACAGCAAGCCACGUGUUAACAUGUAACACAUUAAUGAAUGUUUUGUACAUUUUUGCCUUGGGCCAUUUUAUUUGGAUUUAUUUCUGGCUUAUUUUUAGUCUCAAAAGCUUAAAAAGCUCCAAAAAAAGAUGUGACUUUUUCUAAUUUAUUGCAUUACAGGAUCAUAGUGUAGAAAAAGUGGACAGUUGAAAGAGGUGGACCUUAUUUUUGGAGGGAAUCUGGGUUAGCCUUGUACUUCCUUGUGGUGUUUUAUCGGACCACUAUAAAGAAAUGCCCUGACUCAAAGCGGCAGGCGGAGCAUCAGCCGUAAUAAACCACUCACGGAUCUCAGAAGCUCUUUCGAUGAUCAACACGUGGUUUUAUGAGGCCUGACCUUUGACCCGGGAUCCCCAAGUAACCUCAGCCGCUUCUUCUUCUUUUUUUGGUUGUUUGUUUCCUGUUUUUUUACAUUGGUGAUGGUGUGUCAGGCUGCCGAGUUUUUAUUUUUUUUGUGUAUUUCUUUCUCUUUCUUUACUAGUGAGCUUUUAUUGAGUUUAUUUGUGCUUACAUGAAGAGUGCGCUUCAAAGCCUGUCCAGGAGAGGGCGCACUCGGAGUGAGCGAGUGGCACUUCGCUCCGUUCUCUAAACGCAAUAAAAGCACUAGUCCUCUCUCAGCUUUUCUUUCCCUUUAUUCUGGUGUUUGUUUUCUUUUUUCUUUUUUUUUUAUUAUUUAAAAUUUGACUCCAGCUUUCAUCGAUGUCCAAAGUGUCAGUAUGUAUGUACUAUAAUGUAUGUAGUGUGUGUGUGAGUGUGUGUGUGAGUAAGAGAUAGGGAGAGAGCAUCUUGUUAACUCUGGACACUUCAUGGUACUGUCACCAUGGGAUCAGGGUCAGUCUGUGAAAUCCAUUAGUUCAUACUUGUUACUGAUGAUGUAAUAUAAUGUAUUAUCACCACAGUUACUGUCCUAAUCAUUUUUUAUGAAUUCAGAUGACGUGAAACCUCGGAGAUCGUCCAGGGGACAUGAGUGUGAGCGUGAAUGUGACCUCGUCGCCCACUGGAGCACAUAUAUGCACAAGCAAACAGACUGCAGAAAGACUCUUUCCCUCAAAACACAACUCAAGACCCUAAUUUUUUGGGACGUUUCUGAUUAAAUAGUUGCGUUCCUUUUGUGCUGACUGUGUAACAACUAAACAGCUAUUUAAUAAACAUUUUUACACAAGGUCAGUACCUAGUGUAUAUCAGGCCAUUUAUUUUAUUUUAUUUUAUUUUAUUUUUCUAUUUUAGUCACAUAUUAGUCAAUUCUUUUUUAACAGGUGCUCUAAUGUCAGGUUCCAGGAAGUGAUGCGAUGUGUUUAAAGGAAAACUCUGGCGUUUUUCAGUCUAAUAUCUGUCUACAGAUGUGUAGCGUAUGUGUGAUUUUUAGUACAGAUAAGAAUUUCAGCAAGUUUUCCUGUACUGUGAAAACAACAGCAGACCUCAAGUUUAGGGGCAGAUGUUGAAUUUCAUCAUUAAAUGUAAAAAUAAAUAAAUAAAUAAAUAAGUAAACUAACUUGAAAUGAAGUCUAGCAAUGAAUGUUCAAAGGUGAGAUGAACAUAGGAGAUUUGUAUUAGCAAAAAUGUUACAUAAUUAUAGUUACUUAUGCGGAAUUUAACUCUUUGUAUUCAGACCCACACAAGUACCACAAGACGUUCUUCUCUUAAAAAAAGUAGUCUUAUGUUUAGAUUUAUACUUAGAUUUAGACCUUCAUUUACAAAUCCCUUUAACAAAUUUGUAAAAGCGUUCCACAAAAAUACUUUUGCACAAACAUUUAUUGACCGCUCAAACAUGUGCCCUUAGACUUUCAAUGGAAGGGAGAUUAGAGUCAUAUGUGUUUUUGUUCAUUUCCCAGUAUGAAGAUACGUGUUUAAGUUUUUAUCCAUAGUAAUCACACAUACACUACAGUUUCAUUCGAUGGACAUCAAAGUUGAAAAUCGCCCGAGUAUUCCUUUAACGGUUCUGCUACUUAUUAGCCGAGUUUUAUUACACUGUAGUGCUGAAGUCUCUGAGCAGAACAGGUUACUGUAUACUGUAUCCUUGGAUGGAUUGGACUUUAAGUUUCAGGAUCAUCCCUUAAAAAUGUGACCUUUCUAUAACUGGAUCAGGGAGCACCACAGAUCAUCUCCAUCUUUUUCUUUUUUUUUUAACUGCUUGAAUACUCAAUGUAUUAUAUCUUACUAUGUGUUUGUAAGUGGAUAAUCAGAUUAUAUUUUUCUCCUUUUUUUUUUUUUUUUUUUUUUUUGUUAACUUAAGCAAACUGCUCGAUAUGAACCACUAAAUAAUCGGUGUGAUGAAAUGCAGAUGUACUGUAUUGUGCCCUCAAUAUUGCAAAGCCCUAUUAAAUGAAAGCAGAUUGUCAAACAUG